AUAACAAUUUAACUUUACAGUUUGUAUUUUAUUAUAUUUUAAUUUUUAUUUCACCUUAUUACCAUGAUUUUAAAACUAAAUUUAGUAUUAUUAACGUUGAUGGUGGUGGUGUGCUCGCUUCCGCGUGGAACUGCCCGAGCUAUUCCCCCAAGUGAAGUGAAAUUACCGCAGAUUAAAAGUGACGCAUUGACCAACCAAAAUGGGACUCAGAGAAAUACCACACUUGUUGUUGGAAGAGUAAACUCCACAGAUUUAGCGAAACCAAAGGCAGCGCCCAUGAAAAUAAUAUCGUCCAAUCCGACGACAAUCGUAAGGCAUGUAGUACGUGAAAAACGUACAUCUGAGCCUUUUGACUUUGAGACCAAUCAUUUACCAUGCGAUGUGGACCUAGGAGCUAUCAGAAAGAUUGCUUCAGUACUCCCCUCCUACUGCACUUGGGUGUUCAACAACAAAUUUGCCACGGAGAAUUUUUAUCGCUAUUAUAAAACCUAUCAGCUGGAGGCCUUCAUGUUUGGUCAGUACCAUGAGCGCUUGAGGCGUUUUGAGAUGGAUCCGCACACCUGGGACUAUGCGAGUGUAGUAACGUAGGAAAAAAUAAUUAUGAUCGAGUAUUUUAAGCAGCUGGUAGUUUGUUGUCAAUUGUUUCUUGUCAAUUGGACAAAAAUUUUUAGUAUUUGACAAAAAUUUAAAAAAAAAAACAUAA